ACGACUGUACAAUGCUAUUGCGGAGCGAACAGCCCAAGCAAUUCAUUAUCAGUUUUGUAUCAAACAACAUAAACUCCGGGCUCGCUGUGCUUUUUUCUUUGUUUUAUUGCAAAUGAUCUCUGUAAUGUGACGUCGAGCUGCACGUCUGCAGCUAAACGAGGCAGAGGCUGGCUCGAAGUUUGGUGUUUUUUAUCAGAUGCUCCUGUUUCAUUAUUAUUAUCACCAGUAUCAUUAGAGCUGCUGAGGCGGUUUGUUCUCGGCGCUCCUGCGAGAAGUGACAAGAAUCUAGACCCCUCCUCUACAGGGCGGAGCGUGCAUUUUUAUUUCCAUUUUGUAUUUUUUUUCUCAGAUCCCGCUCUGACACGACUGCACUGAGUGAGUAGCAUUGGCACAUUGUCAAUCGCUCACUACGGCUGCCAUCAAACAACAUAAAGCCCUACGCAGUCAGAGACUCAGCCUCAUAAAUUUCAGGGGGCAGAUAUUUUUGCACAUCGCUUUAUGGGGUGCAAUUAAUUUUUCGCGAUUAGUUUUUCUAUUUUUCCACACUAACACUAAAAAAAAACUUUUUUGAACAUUUUAUAUUUCUGUAGUCACCUUUAUCAUUCCAGCAGCAGAUGCGCAACAUUUAAUUGAUUUUGUUUGCUUAUUGGAGGAUCAUUCGCCGCAACAUUUUUUUUUUCAACUAUCCACACUUCAAAUAUUCUAUUUUCUAUUAUUAUUUUGAAUCGUUAAUUUAUUAAUUUUGCCUUAUCGUUUGUUUCCCUCGUAGCAAGUGGAUAUUUGUUCUACUGUACAUUACAAUUGGGAUUUGAACAAGUUUUCAAGAAGAAUUACGCGAGGAGACAUUAGCGCAAGAAGAUUUCAUUAACUAAAGACAUCUUCAAGGGGUUUUGCUUGUCAUUUUCUACACGUCACAUUAGAAUAAAGACGAAUUGGCAUGUGGAUUCAUACAGCGAUCACCCGAGAGCUCCUGAAUACCUGAAUACUGAACUUCAAAAUCAAAGAAGAAAAAAACAAAUCUGCUCAAUUUUCGAAGAAGACAUUCGUACCUGCGGGAUUGCGGGAGGACUCGAACCAGUUCGAGAAAGUGAUUCUUGGGACACGCGACAUCAAUAUCAUCAUUGCUAGUCACUCAAUGUGCAUCAGUUUAUUUUUUAAACCUGCGAUACAGUUUUACCGUUAAGGUUUCACGUUCUGCAAAUGCUGUAGAGAAGUUGCCUUUGCAUGUGCUUUUCCCGCGCGUGUUUACGCCUUCAGUGACAGUAGAAGUGCAUUGAUUGUGUUGCGGCUGACUAUGGACGAGCAAGCCCGGAUCAUGCAGGCUCUCGGCGGGGUGAAUUUGGCUGGCCACCCGGUGCAGGGAGGCAUGACUCUGCCGCCUCCACACGGACACGACGGGACCGAUGGAGACGGAAGAAAACAAGACAUCGGUGACAUUCUGCAUCAGAUCAUGACGAUAACUGACCAAAGUCUGGACGAGGCGCAAGCAAAGAAACACGGACUGAACUGUCACCGGAUGAAGCCAGCCCUGUUCAGCGUGCUCUGCGAGAUUAAAGAGAAAACCGGUCUGAGUAUCCGUGGGGCGCAGGAGGAGGAGCCUCCGGACCCCCAGCUCAUGCGAUUGGACAACAUGCUGCUGGCGGAGGGCGUGGCCGGUCCAGAGAAAGGGGGCGGGUCAGCGGCGGCGGCAUGGGCGGCAUGCCGGGCGGAGGCCGACAACUCCAUCGAGCACUCGGACUACAGGGCCAAACUCACGCAGAUCCGACAGAUCUACCACACAGAGCUGGAGAAGUACGAACAGGCAUGUAACGAGUUCACCACCCACGUGAUGAACCUGCUGCGGGAGCAGUCUCGCACGCGGCCCAUCUCGCCCAAAGAGAUCGAGCGCAUGGUGAGCAUCAUCCACCGCAAGUUCAGCUCCAUCCAGAUGCAGCUCAAGCAGAGCACCUGUGAGGUCAGCUAUGAUCCCAAGGCUCACGCCUUCCUCGAUGCCAGACGGAAAAGACGGAACUUCAGCAAGCAGGCGACGGAGAUCCUGAACGAGUACUUCUACUCGCACCUCAGCAACCCGUACCCCAGCGAGGAGGCCAAAGAGGAGCUGGCCAAGAAGUGCAGCAUCACAGUAUCCCAGGUAUCUAACUGGUUCGGGAACAAGCGGAUCCGCUACAAGAAGAACAUCGGGAAGUUCCAGGAAGAGGCGAACCUCUACGCCGCCAAGACAGCCGUUAACGCUGCCCACGCCGUAGCCGCCGCCGUGCAGAACAGCCAAACCAACUCACCCUCCACGCCCAACUCCGGUUCCUCAGGGUCUUUUAGCCUCCCACAAUCUGGGGACUUGUUCAUGAGCAUGCAGGGUCUGAGUGCGGCCCCUUACCAAGGCACACAAGUCGGAGCCAAUGUGCAGUCUCAGGUGGAUACUCUGCGCCAUGUUAUCAGUCAGACGGCAGGAUACAGUGAUGGCCUCGGGGGAAACUCCAUGUACAGUCCACAUGGCCUGAAUACAAAUGGGGGCUGGCAGGAUGCAACUACACCAUCCUCUGUUAUCUCCCCAACCGAAGGACCAGGCAGCGUGAACUCUGAUACCUCGAAUUGAUUUACACACACGUAUGCACACACACACACACACACACACACACACAUUUCAUCCUCCCUGUUGAAGAACCCCAACUACAGCGCCCGCCACAGACUGACCAAUCAGAGAGGCCGAACCAGCCGUCAGAACCAAUCGUCUGGCUGCGUUUGUGUCCUGCGUUCAGUACUCACCCUUUUGACACGCUGUUUUAGAACUAUUUGUUAACGUCUCCUGACAUGCGCCUCAGCACGCCGGCUAUGUUUUAUAUUCUGCGUCUUAUUGGUUUACAGUGUGUCCAGUGCUGAGCAUAGGAGCCAGAGUGAGAGGAGUCUGACUGACCCAUUAAUAUAAGCCUGAUAUGAAGUGACCAAGACUAUUCAUCUGGGCUAGUCUAAUGUCACAAACCAAGACUAUUCAUCUGGGCUAGUCUAAUGUCACAAACCCAGUAUGAAGUGACCAAGACUAUUCAUCUGGGCUAGUCUAAUGUCACAAACCCAGUCAUGCUCCUUCCUGCUCUAUCAGUGGGACUGAGUACCCAAGUCUCUCCUCUGCUAUAACGUUCACUCAGUCAAUGUCUGUGUGUGUGUGUGUGUGUGUGUGUCCAGGAAGUGAGGUCAGCCCUGAGCAUCAGCGGUUCUGACCCAAACUCUGGUUCGGAACUCCUGCAGUCGGGCUGGUUAGCAGCAGCAGGGUUCAUACACGUAGUUAGCAGGACUAACAAACAGCGGAACAGACAGACAGACAGGCAGACAUACAGAAGGACAGACAGACAGACAGACAGUGAGGGGAUGUCUGCUCCACACGUGUGCGGUUAACAACUCAUACAUGCGACUCAGUUUGCCUUACACCUAAAUUGUUCCCGUGUAUCAGAGGCGUCGCCAAGGCAACCAGUAUAAAUCUAACGGUGCACUCUUUUUUGGAAAGUUUUUAAAUACCCAACCCAUAUCAGCAUUUUCUCAUCGUGUAGAUCAAGGCAUCGGACAUUAUUUUACAUGUAUCAUUAUGGAUGAGGUGGAUUUUGGAUUUUUGCAUUGUAUUGAUAACUAGAAAAAAAAACUUUAAUCAUUUCUCAAAAAUAGCUAUGGGUCUUGCAGUUACGCCAAUUAGUUGUAGAACAUCAUUUUGGCAACGGAAGACCAUCCACACAAAAUGUGUUGUAUAUAAAAUAGCUUAAGAGUCUUUAUACAUCCCACCAAUCAGAGUUCAGCUUUAUUACCUCAUCAAGCCCAUAGAAACCAAUAGAAUUCCAACAUUCUCUAGCUUAGAAUGCUCACGUACUACCUCUAUAAAACAAUAUCACCACCAUAUUUUAUGUCUGUUUUAUUUUUUACUUUUGGUUUUCAUUUUGUUUUUUGUGCAUCUUGUAACAAACUUCUUUUUCUUCAUGUAAUCUAAUGUAUAUUUUAAUCUUCUAAGAAAACGAAGUUGCUUUGUUGCAGCUUUUAAAAAGACAAAAAUAAAAAUUGUCAAUGAUAAUAUGAUUAAAUGAAUAACAGGAUUAUUGGGGAGAGGGGAGAGGAGACGAGUGAACUUGUUUUUGCGGUGAGUUUUGAUGGAGGGGUUGGGGAAAUGUUGGACAUUACUUAACACCAAACAGUAAAACUGUUGUAAAUACUGAAGAACAUUUUGAAUGUUGAUCAUCUGUUACAUGCAAAAAAGGAAAAAAAAUCUCAUAAGAAGAAGAAACUGUAAUGCAUAGAGGUUUCAGCGUUCAGGCUGAACGUUUUCCCCUCCUGUUUGACAGGGGGCAAACUUUCUUUCUCUUUUUUUGUAUUGUAUGUGACUCUGAAACGGAUUAAGUCAUGGCAGUUUAUUUGUGGCAGUGGUUCUAAUGUAUUAAACUGUUUCGUGUUUCUUUCUUAUCAAACUACGCCCCAGACUGACAAGUCUUCCUUGUGGUAGUUCUGUGUAAUUUCAAACAUGAAUAAACGUUUUCCUUUAAAGAUGGAAACCCUCUGAA